AUGAAUUCAAUCUAUUGCAAAGGUUUUCGUUUAGUUUUACUUUUUACAUUCUGCCCAUGCUUCUGUCUGACAUCACUUUACCAUUGUAAUUUUGAUACACAAACAUCAAGUAAUUGUCUAUUGAAGAAAACAUUAGAUGCACCAACUCUAAUUCAUGCAACUGGUUCACUUCAAGACGAAAUACCUACCCAGACAUUAACUGAUAAUACAUCUAUUCUGACAUAUGCGUUUGUUAAAACACCUCGUGUUGGUGCAUUUGAUCAUACUUAUUCAGCAUUAGUGAAAAAAGGAGAAAAUAGUAUGCAAUGUCUCGAUUUUUAUUACUAUAUCACUGACAGUUCACACAAUGCCAAAAUCGGUGUUGAGUUGGACAUUGGUUCAACAAGACAACCAAUUAUAGAGUUGAUAGCAACACCCAAUAGCAAAUGGCAACAUUGUCAACAUUCAUAUAGUCGGCCAUCAUCAAGUACCUAUCAUGUAAGUAAAACAUUUUGGUGA